CGACAAAAGCCUUCAGACACCUCAGCCAUGGCCACCGACCCGAGAGAGCCGACAUGUCUCUCGACAAAUGCGCGACACGAAUCGGAAGAAGGAAAGAAGACUAUUGUCACUGGCGAAAUGGCAGUGAUGCUGGACGCGCUGGGGUGCCUCCAGUCCGACAGCCGGAUCCUCAGAGCGAUUGUACUAGUGGGUCCCAAAAUGGAGGUGUCAGAGUUCGACUUCGACGGCGAGCAGUCGACAUACUUCACAUUCAAGCCGGCCGGAACGGACCUGGUCUUCGAGAACAGCGUCUUGGAGAUGAUCAUGGUGCGGACGCAGCGUGACGACCAGGACGAGACCUACGGAGUAUAUCCACGACCGGCGGCGCUGAUAGACGGGUUGUCGCCCACCGCACUUCGUGCCGACGUCACGGCCCUCCUAGGCGACCCGGAACGCGUCGGAGCGCAUUUCGACCGGUACGAAGUUAAUGAACGUUAUCUGCAUUUCGAGUUCGAUUCAGACAGCCGAGUCACCAAAGUCUCUGCAUUACUGAGGCCAGUCUGAGAGGCCGGCAGGCAACUCAGCACCAGGAUUCAAAGCCACUACUUCGUACACUCCACCACUAUGCAGUGCAGUACACAUCUCAGGAUAUGGAAUGAAUGUAGAGGACCAAGAUGACGACGAGGUUAGCUCCUCGAGUACCUGAUCAAACAGAGCAUCUCUAUGUAUAAGAGGAUCGGUCUCGCAGCGGCGACCGACUCGAUCGCGAAGGGCUUUCGUGCUUUCGAACGCUGGCGGAUUCUAUCGGGUACCGGAGAUAGAGCGAGUGUUGCAACCUGUCCCGCACCGCAAUCGGCUUGUUUUCCAAGCCGGCCGUCAUCAUGCCUUGGAGCGUUUCAUGCAGAGCCCGAUACAUGUCACUUCGGAGCCAUGAGUGUACUGUACCAAUAAAGGGCCAUGGUACCAAGUACCUACGCAGCACAUGCUCCCUCACCAUUUGACGGCGCGCCAACAAGAGAAAAAGGGCCGAGCCACGGACGGGCCUUUACUCCUUGCCCAAAAGGAUGCACGUCUCGCGGACCGUGCUUGUGCUUGUGCCGGCGCCUCGCAGGCGCCACGUCAUGGGGGCUUGGGUAAACGGAGCAGGUUGGAGCGGGAGGCGGACGGACGACGAC